UUAAAUUGGACUAGAAACUGAUAUAUGGUGUUGUUGAAUAUUUUAUCCUAUAUUAUGCAGAGAAACCAACAUGAAUAGAGAGGGACCGACUUGUCCCAUGCGUGACACGAGAAAAUGGUAGUUAUUGCAAAUCUCGUCAUCUUGGCAAUACGCGCAUGACGAGAUAUCGUAUGAUAGGCUACACACCGGUAAUUUAAGAGUAAUGAACAUUGUUAGUAACUAUGUGUCGUCCAUGAACUAUGAACGAUUACGGGACAAUACUAUUGCUAACAAUUUCGAAUGUGUUGUGUAUUUCUUUUGACCAUGCAGUCAAGGAUAACCCAUGAAAGUGCAAGCACUUAUUUCCAAUGGCGUCCUUUGCUUUUUGCUGAAGAGACAGCAAGCAGAAGAGACAGUAUUGGGAUACAAUGAAUCCGGAUGCGAUACCCUAGCUCUUUGCGAAUAGAUCCUUUUGGUUCUUCUUCUUGCUCAGUGUAUAGCACCGAUACACGCGAGAAUUACCUGGGUUUCAUACCAGUUCAUCUCUAGUUGGGUGGGAAACACUUGAAGCAUUUCUGAAAUUUCCAGUGCCCCGGCUGGGAGUUGAACCGCGGACCUCUGGAAUGGUAGACCAGAGUGUUACCACUCGACCACCACACCACCAAAAUGUUUCCUCUGCAGAUGGUAAUAUCUGCAGGAUGAACCUUUUAUCGACGUACAGAUAACACCAUAUCGAGCAAACGGGGACAGACAUUUAGGUUACAUGGUUUGAAGUGAAACAAUGGGCAUCUAUGAGUGUAGGAUUUUGCUGCUUAGUGGUAUAUUCUUAAUGUCAGAAAGCCUCGGCUGCAUCCCUGAUCCGCACGCAGUCUACUUGUCUGUGCCGGAAGCAAGCUGCACGUUCCGAGACAAAACGACAUGCAGUUAUCAUGCAAUGCCAGAUUGGCAACUGACAGAAGGAGAAUCAUUCGAUAAUCAUUCAUCAACACCACAAUUUUUUUUGACAGCUGGUCAGGAUGACGAUUUCUAUAUGCUAUUCCGAUCGAUAAACAACACAAAUACAUCGUUUACAAUUGUAUCACCGAUUCUUCCCGGUGGAAAAUACCAGAUAACAUUUUGGUACGCUUCUCCUGGACAGAAGGGUCUGCUUGAGUUGGAAACCGUCACUUCACAUGCAGUAAAUAAGCUCUGGAAUAGUGGAAAUACUGUGCAAACAAGCUGGGCGGGUGAGAAUGUCACCUUUGAGGAAUCAAGCAACUUUACGAUUACAAUUAAUGCAUAUGAGGGCACCUUCGUAUUUUUCGGACUAGACAAUAUUGAAGUUUGCCGAGCUUGUGGGCCAUUAAUUUUACCACACGGCACUAUCAAGUACAACGACUCCACAGCUGAAUUUAGCUGUGGCCAUGGCUAUCGAUUGGUUGGAGAUACAACGUUAACAUGCAGUCAAUUGAAACAUGAUUCUACACUACCAGUCUGCCAGCCUGUAGGUACAUCGGUUUUAGACUGUUAUGCACUUCAUGUGCCAGCCCUUGGUAACGUUUCUUCCAUCGGUACAACGUAUGCUUCUGUGUCUACAAUCAACUGUGAAAGCGGCUUUGUUCUUAAUCGGUCCCCAAACUCAUCAUGUACUCAUACCGGAGAGUGGAGUGAAACAUGUCACGUUUGUGUACCAGCAAAUAAGACAGAUUCUGUACAUCGAAGCUGUCUUGGAUACUGCACUUUUGCGAUGAACGACUCGUGUACAUACACAUUAGAUGAAAGAUGGACGAUUAAGAAAGGAACAUAUUUGUUAAUGGGUCGAUGCGUACUUAAAGGCGGACAAGAUGACGACUUCUAUGCGUUAUUUGAACCCCCAUCAACAUCAAAUACAAGUAAUACUAGUAAUAUUGGAAAUCCCCUGUUCUCCAUGUCUUCCUCGUUGUUUCGAGAAGGAGCAGCGUGCCUCAGUUUCUACUACACUCUCCCUGCUUCUUUUGCGACACUCCAAGUUAGGACACGUUUAGAGGACAACUCCACAAGUGAAAUGUGGAACGUGUCAAAUCGGGGGAUUAGAAACUGGACUAUAGUGGAAGGGCUGGUCAUAUGGCAAAUAAAUAAAUAUUUUGUUGACUUUGUAGCUAAAACUUCAUCUCACGCAGUCAUAGGCAUUGACAAUAUUUGUUUUGAGAGUUUACAUUGUGCCAGUGGAUACAACCUCAAUAAAUCUGAAGUACACGGGUACUGUAAUAAAUCACGCACUGGAUUCCCAUCGUGUGAAAUAGUUGAUUGUGGAGCAUUCGCUGACCCACAGAAUGGUACCGUGUCAACUGUCGCCACCACUUACGGAUCUACAGCCACUGUCACGUGUCAAAUAGGUUACAUUCUUAACGGAAGUCACACGUCUCAAUGUGGAAGCGAUGGAAAAUGGAGCAUAGUGGGACAAAAAUGUGAUCCCGUUGAUUGCGGAUCGUUUCCUGCACUGCAAAAUGGUAGCGUUACAGCUACAAGCACGAUCCUAGGAUCAAUUGCAAAAAUCACAUGUGACACAGGAUACAUUCUCAGUGGCAGCAACGCGUCUAUGUGUGACGUUAAUGGGCGUUGGAGCAGUAAAAAUCAGAGCUGCAAUCCCGUUGGCAAAAUAAAUCUAAGAACACAUCAGUUUAUACUAUAUUGUAAUCAACUGCCCAUUCCUUCACACGGAAUGGUAUCUCCUGUAGCCACAGCCACGACAGUUGGAACUGUCGUAACGAUUACAUGCGAUACAGGCUAUUAUCUGACAGGAAACAGUACGUCUACAUGUGACAGCAACGGAAACUGGAGCAGUAUCGGUCAUAUAUGUGACCCCGUUCAAUGUGGAAAUCUAUCAGCACCUGAAAAUGGCUUUAUAAACGCAUCGUCCACCACAUACGGGUCUAAGGCAAUAGUGGCGUGUAAUUUGGGAUAUAACCUUAUAGGAACCAACACAUCAAUAUGUCUCAGCAACGGUUUAUGGAACAAUGUUGGACAAAUCUGUAAAGCUGUCGAUUGUGGAGCCUUAGCUUACCCACAGAACGGCAAUGUAUCAACCGUCGCCACCACUUACGGAUCAACAGCCACUGUCACGUGUCAAACAGGUUACUUUCUUAACGGGAGUCACACGUCUCAAUGUGGACGCGAUGGAAGAUGGAGCAUAGUGGGACAAACAUGUGAUCCCGUUGAUUGUGGAGCCUUCGCUGAUCCACAGAAUGGUACCGUAUCAACUGUCGGCACCACUUAUGGAUCUACAGCCACUGUCGCGUGUCAUAUAGGUUACAUUCUUAACGGAAGUCACACGUCUCAAUGUGGAAGCGAUGGAAGAUGGAGCAUAGUGGGGCAAAAAUGUGAUCCCAUUGAUUGCGGAUCGUUUCCUGCACUGCACAAUGGUAGCGUUACAACUACAAACACAAUCCUAGGAUCAAUUGCACAAAUCACAUGUGACACAGGAUACAUUCUCAAUGGCAGCAGCACGUCUACGUGUGAAGUUAAUGGGUCUUGGAGCAGCCAAAAUCAGAGCUGCAAUCUCGUUGAUUGUAAUCAACUGCCCAUUCCUUCACACGGAAUGAUAUCUCAUGUAGCCACAGCCACGACAUUUGGAACUGCCGUAACGAUUACAUGCAAUACAGGCUACAAUCUGACCGGAAACAGUACGUCUACAUGUGACAGCAACGGAAACUGGAGCACUAUUGGUCAUAUAUGUGACCUUGUUCAGUGUGGAAAUCUAUCAGCACCCGAAAAUGGCAUUAUAAACUCAUCGUCCACCACAUACGGAUCUAAGGCAAUAGUGGCGUGUCAUUUGGGAUAUAACCUUAUAGGAACCAACACAGCAACAUGUGACAGCAAUGGUGAAUGGAGCCAUAUUGGACAAAUCUGUACAGCUGUCGAUUGUGGGCAGUUUCCAGACCUGCUCAACGGUAUUAUCGAUGCUGAAAAUACGACAUUUGGAUCAAUAGUUUCUUUAAUGUGCAACGAAGGAUUUGAUCUAAUAGGAAGUUCACGUUCAGUUUGCACUAGCACUGGAGAUUGGAACACAACUGGACAAGCGUGUCAACCACUCGACUGUGGGCCCUUCAAACCACCAACGAACAGUCAUCUGUCUACUGGACAUUAUACAUAUAAUUCAACUGUGACAAUAUUCUGCUAUCCGGGGUACGUACUUGUUGGGGAUAAAACUUCGACGUGUGGAGAAAAUGGGAACUGGAAUAAUGCAGAUCAGGAAUGCGUCCUACAAACCGUAUUUCUACAAGUGAAAGAAGCAAGUUGUAUAUUUAAAGAAAAUAAUACGUGCAUGUGUAACAACGCUUCAUCUGUGCAGAUCUUGGACGGAAACUCGACAUUUGAUGUCCGAUUAGAAACAAAUGACAGUUUUCCGUUUAGGGGUCAUGGAAACGCCUGCUACAUUGUGAGGAGAGAUAACACAUCCAUACAGCACACUUUAAGUUUCACAAUGACGUCACCCGCACUUCAACCAGGACAGUAUCAAAUUAGUUUCCAGCAAAUGUUUCCUUUUGGAGAAGUGCGUGUCGACGUUGAGUCAGAGAACAACGAAACAUAUGAUCAAGAGUCGUUUUGGAAAUACAUGGAACUGGAUUCGACAUGGAUGAACGAAACUAUAAAUCUUAUUGAAGACAAAAUAUUCAGGAUUGUUUUCCGUGCGAAUGUAACGAAGAAUGGAUUACUCGGAUUUGAUAACAUUAAUAUUUUAAAAGCCUGUGAUCUUCUCAACAUUAGUAACGGACACAUAAUUGUUGACAAAAACACAGCCUACUUUCGAUGCAACGCUGGGUAUCUCCUGGUAGGAAAUUCCAGUGCAACAUGUACGCAAUGGACCUGGAGCUCCGAAGCGCCGAUUUGUGAACUGAUAGACUGUGGUUUACCGAUAGCGCCAUCAAAUGGUUAUGUUGCCUCAAAUUCCACAUCAUAUGGGUCUGUGUCAACCGUCAGCUGCAAAAUUGGGUAUUUUGUGAAAGGAAAUUAUACGGGUAUUUGUGGCAACAAUCAGGGAUGGUCAAACAAAAAUACAACUUGUUUGUCAAUUGAUUCUACAAUUUCAAAUGCGAUAAUUCCCGGAUGUUCAAAUCAUGGUUGGAACAUCGCUGUCAAUCUAACAUUUCUGCGUAGUUCAAUUCCUAACUACAAGGACGAAAUGCAAAUUUACUUAGGAAAUGCAUCAUGUAAAGGCAGUGAACGAAGUGGGUUUCUUGUUUAUGAUAACAGCUACUACGAAUGUAUGACGCGAAAAAAGGUUUCAGCUAAUCUCAACAUAUUUGAGAACCAGAUGGUGUUUAUAUUCGACCCUGAAACAAGUGCCGCAUCUAAUGCAUACAACUGGACAAUUGACCUACAUUGUAACGUAGUCGAUAAGAAUAUCGUAACAAGCGUCUCAACUAACCAAUUGCACAGCGAUGCGAACAGCAUUAACACCUCAGUCUUCAUUGACCCAUUUUUCCGAAUUGUAUUACCUAGUAACCCCCUUCAUGCGCAUAUAGGCGAUACAGUGUAUGUGAAGGUUUCCAGUCCUAUCCGUGAUCCGGAGAUCAAACUGCUGCUAAAAUCGUGCUACAUCAGACCUGCGCUGGAAAAGGAUUCACGGCUUGAUAGCGCACUGAUACAAAAUGGUUGCGAGGUAGAGAGCAGCAUACACAUGAUUUCUAUUUCGGCCCACGAGAUCAAGUUCAUGUUUCAGAACUACGCGCCCGUUGCCCUUCGUGAAGGAAUGAACGUCAUCUGUGAUGUAGCCUACUGUAACUCACAAGAGCUCACCCUGGACUGUAAUCAAACCUGUAACAAAAUGUUGGCGCCUGUUAUAGUCGGAUAAGCACUGUCACUAUAUUUGUGUUAGUAUAUUUGCAAUAGGGCAUGCCUCGUUACAUCAAUAAACUAGACUUUUAAGGCGCUUCAAGUAAACUAUAAAAAAUAUAUAGUAAAAACUUUUAUCACGCCAACACAUAUUGAUAGAAUCAUGUUCAAACCAUAUUGUACAGUAGCAUUUGAUAAUUAUGUCUAGAUGACAUGUAAAACUGUUGAUGAAAUAUGUAUUUGAUCGCAAAUAAAACAAGAAAUAUCUUUAAAAAAAGA